AUGGGGAGUCGUUUAGAUGCUAACUCAAAUGCUGUGCGAAAGCGCAUAGAAGACCAUACCUUUUCAGAUGAAGCGGGCGAGGAAUAUGAGUCUAGCGCCUUUGGCGGUUUUGGAGAUUACUUUCGCCGCAAGAAAAUCAAAUUACAAAAUCUUGACUCCGAAUUGAGAGCUUCGUCGACAGACAAGCCUCAAAUAUUUAAGGGAGUUGUCGCGCACGUUAUAGGCUACACGCAGCCGCCACUCCAAGUCCUUCAUCGUGAUCUGGUCCAACAUGGCGCUGGCUUUCUCCAGUAUUUGGACUCCAAGACCAUGGCAACUCACAUCAUCGCAUCCAGCCUACCACCAAAAAAGAUGGUCGACUUUAGCAAGUAUAGAAUGGUGAAGCCUGCGUGGGUUACAGAUUCUAUCAAAGCUGGAAAGCUUUUACCGUGGUCAGAUUACCGAGUGAUAGAUGAGAGCCCCAGGCAGAAGACAUUGAAACUAAGUGGGACUGGAAUAUCCACACAAUCCAGUCCACAAUCACCCCUGGCAGGAUAUCGGGAGCAAACCGAGAAUAGUUUCUACAACAGUCAGCUUAAAGGUAUUGCACAGUCUAUUGACGGAAAGCACCUCGGAGACAUCUCACCUAGCCGACCAGGGUCAGCUCUCAAAUAUGCCUAUGAUAAUAAGACUGUUGAGCCCACGACGCCGUCGGGUGUAUUGCAAGGACCGCAAUACUCGCCGAACAUUUCCGAUGAGAUGGACGAAGACUCGGUGAUGCUAGUCGAAUACCCAGAAUCUACAGCACCACAGGCAACUAAGGAGCCUGAUGAACAAGUCAAGAACGACGUCGAAGAUGAUAUUCAACCCGGCCCAUCAGUUGACGAGCAAAAAGCGAUGACUUCUGAGGAGCAUAAUGCAUUGCUUCUGCAAGAUCCGCGCAUGAGGAAAUCUUCCACAGCAAAUCCAGAUUUCAUCCAGCAGUAUUACUCUGAAAGUAGGCUGCACCAUCUAUCUACCUGGAAAGCCGAGUUAAAGUCUAGGAUGCAGAGGCUCGCCGCUGAGAAAGGUUCACAGAAAAAGCCGACAAAAAGGAAGGCCGGUGCGAGGCGCUACGUAAUGCACGUUGACUUCGACAGCUUUUUCUGUGCAGUUUCGCUGAAAAGCGCACCCGAAUUCAUUGAUAAACCUGCUGUUGUUGCACACGGAACAGGAUCUGGCUCGGAAAUUGCCAGCUGCAACUAUCCAGCGAGGAAAUACGGCGUGAAAAAUGGCAUGUGGAUGAAGCGGGCUAAGGAAUUAUGUCCCGAGCUCAAAGUACUACCAUAUGAUUUUCCAGCGUACGAACAAGCCAGCAAAUCGUUCUACGAAUGCAUUCUAGAAGUUGGCGGUGUUGUGCAGAGUGUCAGUAUCGACGAGGCUCUUGUAGAUAUCACCUCCGUUCUCCUAUCUGCAGUUGGCUCAGAUGGUUCCGGAGUCGACGAGGGCAGUAUAUGGAGGGAACAGGAAAAGGCGGACCAGAUAGCCUCAGCCUUAAGAGAACAAGUCAAGGAGAAGACCGGGUGUGCUGUUUCAGUUGGAAUCGGAGGGAACAUUCUGUUAGCAAAAGUCGCGCUUCGGAAAGCCAAGCCCGCAGGCCAAUACCAGAUCAAACCAGAAGAGAUAAUGGAGUUCCUCGGCGACUUGAAAGUUGAUGAUUUACCUGGAGUCGCUUACAGCAUCGCUGGGAAACUAGAAGAGAUCGGUGUUAAAUUGGUGAGCGAUGUCCGGCAAACCUCCAGAGAACGCCUAAUCAAUACCCUUGGUCCGAAGACAGGUGAAAAAUUGUGGGAAUAUGCUCGGGGUAUCGACCGAACGGAGGUCGGCGAACAACCAAUUCGCAAGUCAGUCUCAGCUGAAGUCAAUUGGGGAAUACGAUUCAUCAGCCAGGAAGAGGCCGAGGAGUUCGUGUUUAAUUUAUGUAAAGAAUUGGAGAAACGUCUUCUAAACGAGCAGGUCAAGGGCAAACAGCUUACGAUGAAGAUCAUGCGACGUUCAUUUGACGCUCCUCUUGAUCCGCCAAAACAUUUAGGACAUGGCAAAUGUGAUACCUUCAACAAAAGCGUCAUGUUUGGUGUUGCCACCCACGACUAUCAAGUGUUAGGUAAAGAAGCCGUUUCGAUCCUCCGUUCCUAUAAAUUUAGCCCGGGUGACCUUCGCGGUUUGGGCGUACAGUUGACCAAACUCGAGCCAAUCAAGACUUCGUUGUCAGGACCUGACGGGAGCCAAAAGAAGCUGACUUUCGGUGCUUUUCGUACUCCUGGUUUAAGCAAAAAGCCAACCCUUGAGCCAAUCCAAGAUGGCAAUGGUGCAGAAGAGGCCAGUUCAAGGCAAGGUCGAGGCGAGCCGCAAGACCCGAUUACAGAGAGUCCCUUAACUCCACGAAAACCGAAGCCAGAACGCCAUCCAGCAUUCGCGCUAUCUCAAGCAAACAAGGUAGAUGCUAAAGCGAAUACCCCCUUAAACAUCAGCGGAACCCAAUUCAUCAUGCCAUCCAACCCGGACCCCGCAGUCAUCGCCGAGUUACCCCCGGAUAUUCGAAGCCGGCUUAUGGAGCAAGGCCGUCGAGCUAUCCCGGAACCUCGCGACGAGACACCAGCCGUCAAAUCGAGGACUCAAAGCCCAGCACUCGUAGAUGGCAUCCCUCCCGAGAUCGACCCCGAGGUAUUCAACGCCCUACCAGACGACAUGAAAGCCGAAAUCCUAGAACAAUACCGACCACGAAGCAGACAACAAACCUCGCUCCCCCAGUCCCCUCGCCGAGACCGCAUCAUCCAACCCCCUAGACAAAGAACACCAACCAAACGCCGCGUACCCAACCUCUUCGCCCGCGCCCGCGAGAGACAAGCCGAUGCUAGCGCCAAAAUCGUCCAAACCACAAUCGCCAAACCACCCCAGCCCGACCCCAACGACGUCGAAGAUCUAGACCCGGAAUUCCUCGCCGAACUACCGGAGGAAGUACGCCAAGAAGUCAUCGCCGACCACCAACGCCGUCGGCGUGCACAGCGCGCCGGCUUAGACCUAUCAAAACUAAACCAAAACAAGAGGACCUCAGAUAUCGGCAAUGGCAAUGGCAAUGGAGAACAAGAGCCCGCAGCCCUACCAAACGGCCAGACACGCCUACGCUUUAACCCACGCCCGCCUAAAGUCGGCUUCACAUCCAACGGACUUACCACGCUGCCCGAGAUCCGCGACAUGCUCAACGUGUGGCACCGGGAGACGCGGGACGAGGGUCCUCAUAGGCGGGACGCCGAGAUAUUGGAGAAGUACUUGGUCCGCGUCGUGCUAGAGGAGAAGGAUAUGGAUAAGGCGGCUAAGCUGGUCCGGUGGUUGGAUUAUCUAGUAGAAGACAGCGGUGGGGAUGGAGGCAAGGAGAUGGAGUAUCGUGGGAAGGAGACGUGGCGUGAGGUCGUAGGGCGGGUUAAGAUGGAAGUACAAAAUGCGGUGCGGGAGAGGGGGUUAGGGCCGUUGGAUAUAUGA